AUGGCUCCAGUUGACGGGAUUCUGGCUCGCCUCAAGAGUCUAUACGCCAAGCACCAAGACGAGCCGUCGCUGUCGGUGCACACCGUCGCCUUCCUUUCUGUCGCCCUUACUUGCAUCUAUGUGGUGCCCUUUUAUCUUUCUCCGGCCACGCGCCCCUCCCCCAGUCUGAGCCGCGAUGCCCCGUCUGUCAUUCGCGCGCGCAUCCGCGUUGUCACGGGCUCUUGUAUCGUCUGCUCACUCAUCGUCUUGUGGAUCGUCGUCGAAAAGGGUAAUUCUUCCCUCGGCGCUGCGCUGUCCUUGUUGGGCUGGUGGCCUCUCGAUCUGGAUGAUAUUGCCCGAUGUUUCCUACUCACCGUUAUCCUCUUCAUCGGCCCGCUCUUCGAGCGCGGUAUCGUGGAGGGUGAAUGGCGCACCUGGUUCCGCCAUAGUAGCUUAUCUGAAUGUCUGAGCGGCUGGAUCGGGUGGAGGAAUUACGUCGCUGGCCCCGUCACUGAGGAGGUCAUGUUCCGCUCGGCCAUUGUUCCUCUGCACUUGUUGGCGCAUAUCUCGCCCAGCCAUGUGGUCUUCGUCUCCCCGCUAUACUUUGGCAUCGCCCAUGUCCACCAUUUCUACGAGUUCCGCCUCACGCACCCGGACACCCCGGCUCUGGCGGCGCUGCUGCGCUCGCUCUUCCAGUUUGGCUAUACCAGCAUCUUCGGCUGGUACGCUACCUUCAUCUACCUGCGAACGGGCUCCCUGCCGGCCGUCAUUCUUGUUCAUACCUUCUGCAACUGGUGCGGCCUGCCUCGCUUCUGGGGCUGCGUUGAGGCCGCCGAGCCGCAGGGUCCGCCCAUGACCCGUGGCAAGGAGGACUCUGAUGACGCGGAUGCAUCUUUCGACGACGGCAAGCUGAGCAUCGGCUGGACCGUCGCGUAUUACUUACUCCUGGUGGUCGGGGCGGUCGCUUUCUCCCAAUGUCUGUGGCCCUUGACUAAUUCCUACAAUGCCUUGGUCACGUUCUCGUCGACAUCGAAGACCAGCUCGAAAUGA